AUGACUGAUAAGGCUGCCGACUGGGCUCUCCCUAUCAUAGGGACCAUCAUCAAGGGCGAGGGAAACCCCCCUACCACCAUCCCGGCCUUAACGGCCAAAUUCAAAGAGGCGUUUGCCGACCCCGACGCUAAACGGGCAGCCGCCAGGAAGAUCGCCGCGCUCACUCAGACAACCACUACGUCUGAAUACGUCACCAAGUUCCGCAAUCUCAUGGCGGAACUUGAUUGGAACACUGAGGCGUACAUUGCCCAGUUUGUACGUGGUCUUCACUGGAAAGUGAAGGAACUCCUGUCCACCAAGGACAAUAUCCCAGACGACGACCUUGAGGCUAUAUUCGCUGCCUCAAUCAAGAUUGAUAACAUCCGUCGGGAGAAUGAGGAGAACCGCCCAAAGAAGGCUCCCACCAAGGCCCCGGUCGCCGCAACCACCUCUACCUCCACCACUACCACCAGGGUUUGUCUAUCUGAGGACCCCAACUACGUUACCCCGGAGGAAAGGGAUCGCCGCCGCGCCUCGGGCCUCUGUGUCAAAUGCGGCCAAAAGGGGCACGGAAUCAAACAGUGCCCCAAUGGCUGGAAGGCCACCAUCAAGGAAGUGGCAAAAGUUGCGGAGGACGAGUUGGGAAAAGAUUAG